AUGCCCAAUGGGAGUUUACAUGAUUGGUUGCACUCAAGUGCAAGUAAUUCCAGGUUCAACCUUCUUCAAAGAAUAAAUAUUCUCAUUGAUGUCGCAUAUGCACUCGAUUAUCUUCACAAUCACUGUCUCCCAAGCAUCGUUCAUUGUGACCUAAAGCCUAGCAACAUUCUACUUGACGAUGAUAUGGUGGCCCAUGUUGGAGACUUUGGUUUAGCUCGAUUUCUUGGAACAAAUUCAAACAAAAACAGCACAAGUGGCAUUAGAGGAACAAUUGGGUAUGCACCUCCAGAGUAUGGUGUUGGGAGUGAGAUGACGAGUAGUGGGGAUGUCUAUAGUUUUGGAAUAUUAUUAUUGGAGGUGAUGACAGGGAAGAGGCCCACAGACAACAUCUUUAAUGAAAGCCUUAACCUUCGUAAGUUUGCAGACAUGGCCUUGCCGGACCAUGUAACAAAUGUCAUUGAUGACGACCUGCAGAAUUUUCUUCAAGAGGAUGCUAUUGCUACAAAACAUACAAUAGAAAAUGCAAAGAAAAUGGAGGAAUGUUUGGCUUCAAUUAUCAAGCUUGGAGUAUCAUGCUCCGUGGAUUCCCCACCACAACGGAUAAAUAUCGCAAAUGUUGUCCAUGAGUUGCAGCAUAUUUUAAAUACACUUUAA